UACUCCAAUUACUGGGUUGAUAGCUUGUUUUCCAACUCUUAGACCAACAUAUGAAAAAGAACAGCUUUCUGCCACCACAGCUCCAGAGCACUCCUGUUCUGUCGAGGCUGAGCUAAAUGAAAAGUACCUGCAAGAGAGCAUAUAUGGCUUUUGCUUUAUUAAUUGAACAAAACUGUACAAAUACUUAAUGUGAGGGAAAAAUAAAAAUUAUUGGAUGAUAUGUAUUAAACCCUGUACAAUCAACUCUCAAAUUUGUCUCCUCUGUAGACAGGCAGUUAAAGUCAAAGGAAAGAAAACACUUCAUUAGCCAAAGGCAAGUACAGGCUCUACAGCAAGGAAAUGAAAAUAAUGAGAAGCAACAAUUCUGUUUUUGAGAGAUGCUUUGCCCAGAAAUGCACUUUUCUCAUUUGGAGAAAGAGAGGACACCAAAAAUGCUUUAGUCAAAAUCUGCUUAGUCCAGCAUGACAUAUUUUCCCAUGAAAUGUCUUAUCAAGAAGUUACUUUGGCAAGGCAGGUGGUUUUCCAGGAAGUUCAGCAGGGAACAGGGGCCAAUUUCCUGGAGCUUGGCCUUGAAUAGCAGCAUGGUCCCCUGCACUAAGCUAAAGGAUGAAACAUGAAGCACUAGCUAAGAGGCACACGGCCAAUGGAUGUGUGGUUUCUGUCACCAACACUAACAGAUUAGCUAAAUUUCAGCCGGCCCUAUUUGCUUUCCAGAUAAGGCAGAAAACCCCAAGCCAAACAAAAACAGCCAACAAUAACAACAAAAAUCAGCCCCACACAACAACAAUGCAACAGUAGUGUGCAGAAAUGCUUAUAUUUUCUUCCACAAGGUAAAAAAUACAUUUCAAAGAAAUUUUAAAUGAAAAACAGAAGUUUUCUUUCUACAUUCUUAGCAUAUUUGACUAUGUUAUAUUUGUAGCAGAGAAAGGUCCACUUUCAGUAAGAAAACACAAACAUAGUUAAUUAGGUACUAACAAAUAUUUCUAGCCAUUAGCUCUUUGGUAUAAUGCAACCUGACAUAACAGACAUCAGAACACAAAUUAAUUACUUCAGAUUUAACAUGGUAGCAGUCUAAGACAUUCUCAACUUUCCAGAAUUUCAGCUCUUUUGUGAAUCCAGAUUCACAACUGUGAUGCAUCACACCGCAAUCCCUCUUAUGUAGAUUAGUUACUCUUCUUAAAUUGCCUUAACCAGAGGUAAGGCUUUAUAAACAACUCAAAUGGACAUCACUUUUCCUGUGAACUUUGCUGUGUUGAUCCACCAAAAGAAACUAAUCUCUUCUAAAAACAUACAAAGAAACAAAUUAGGUAUGACAAAGAAAUGUUUUAGUGCUAAACAGAUGGGAUUAGAAGGAUUAUAGAAAAGGUUACUCCUUGAUAUGAGUCAUUUUAAAAGCAUGAACUCAUCAGCCUUUGAAGUAGUUUCCAUUCAACCUGUAAAAUAUAUAAAGUGUGCCAUUCCAGAAAUGGAAAACACAAUUAUUUACCACUGGAAAAGAUUUCUUAGAAUUUGAGAAGUGCCAAACCUUUAUGCAAGCAUUAAAUGACUAAAAAAUGUGCAUCUCAUCAUAUCUCCUAAUUCUUUCCUUUCUCUCUCUUUUUUCUCAAGGUUGUCUGCUCUCAGUUUCAAAGUCUCUGCAAGAGGUAGAAGAUGAAGAUAUGUUGCUUGCUGCAUUAAAUCUAGGAAAAACUCUACAAAAUGGAGAUAAAAGUAUGAACAGAGGAGUUAUACCUUUGCUGAAGUACUACAAGACUGAAGACAGCAGUGUUUUCAAUGAUAAGAAUGCUGGAAACACAAAGUCUUUGGACAGAGGUUCCAGGCAUGAUUUCUUCAAUCAUGUUAUGCCAAUCAACUUAGGUGGAAAGCAACUACCUUAUCCUGCACUGAAGGGAGCCAUGACUUUUCCAGCUGACACUGAAAUUCAAAAUAUUGAGUCAAUACAGGAAAGAGAGACCACAGAUGAAGAAAAUUCAGCUAAAUUACCUAUUGGAAGAAGAGAUUUUGACAUCCUCAGGUGUAUGCUGGGAAGAGUCUAUCGACCUUGUUGGCAAGUGUGAAAACUACUUAUCUCCACCACCUUCUCUGAAGAUUAAACAUUUUAUUCUGAAUUUAAUGUAAUUUGAAGUUACUGAGUGUUAGUGUAACUGUACAUACACAUCCAAACUUAAUUUCCCAUUGCAUUGUAGAGGAAUACAUAAUUCAUUACCAAAAAUAACAGUGUAAUUAUUAACAAUGUACUGUUAUUAAAAAAUAAAAUACUUCAG